AUGGAUGGCACUCAACUGCAGGCAGGCACGACGGGCCCUGCGCCUCGCGAAAGAACCCGACGAGGCAGGGCGGCGUCUAGGAAGUCUUUGCCACGCCGCAGGAAUUCCCAGGGGGCACCCCGUGCGAGGAAGGACUUACAUCGCCCUCCGCGUGGAGUGAAACAGACUUGGCUGAGGAUUGUAUUUCACUGUCUGUACUUUUUGCUGGUGGAGUGUAUUAUUCUCAAACCUUUACAUUUCAUACAAAAGUGGGUGGAAGAUUAUACAUCACGGGCACAAAAGGCUCGCACGGAGCGGCGGUUCAUUAACAUUAUGAACUCUACAGAGAGCCUUGAUACAUGGCUUACGAAUGCGUCCUACCUUGACAGGCAUCGUGGAAUGCAAGCGUGGAAGAAGACGGUCCCGAACAAGGAAAAUUGUGAUGCCGAAGGCCUAAACCAGGAUGCCUACUGCGCCAAGAUCCUCGCGGUUUCUGAAAAUGAACGAGCCAUGUCUGAGUUUCUGCGUUCACAGCUGCACCGCACGGCCCACGGUAUAACCAGCCCCUCCAAUUUUCGGUAUUACACUGGCACAAUAACCUCUGUGGAGGCAUACAAUGAGGCUGUUGUGGGUCUUAUACAAGCGUUUGGGAGGGAACGCCGGUAUAACGAGCCACACUUGCCACCAUUGACUUCUUCUGAAGAAAGAAUGCAGGGCUCAUUUGAGGAAAGCCAUUCAGUGACCCCAAAUUCUACAACGGCUAUAUUUUCUAAAGAGUUUCCAAGGAACGGCGAAGUUGUGGAUUCUGCCCCCUCUGGGCAAUCCGAUACAGAAAGGCGUGUCGAUGAUCCUUCAUGUGAUUAUUUGGAGCAGAGAGCUGUCCCCUCGUUAUAUCUUUCCUCUCUACUUAAUUGGGCCAUGGAGCCACAUUCUCCCGCGGAAACGCUUCUGACGGAUACCCAGAAGCUCAAGGUACUGCAAGACACGCUACGGUCCUACGGACGCAGCGCUCUCAUGCUAAGUGGGGGUUCUACUUUGGGGGUUUCCCACACAGGCGUUGUUCGAGCCCUUUUUGAUGCAGGUUUAUUACCUAAUAUUAUUUCGGGCUCUUCGGCUGGAUCCCUCCUUGCCUCGAUUGUCUGUUCCAUGAAGGACGAUCAACUUCGUGAAUUAUUGACGGAUUCUAUACUGACGGUCCAAAAAUUGCAACUUUCCCCCUUUGAUCACGGAGGAUUAUUUACAAGACUAAAGCAACUUUUACGUACUGGGGCCUUCAUGGAGGUACGGACACUCAUGGAUUGCCUCCGCAGCAAUGUGGGGGAUAUUACCUUUGAAGAAGCAUACCGUAGUACAGGUCGCAUAUUAAACGUCUGUGUGACAAGUGAGCAGUACAGUGGCUCUCACAUGGAUCGACAUAUGCUACUAAACUACGUGACAACACCGAAUGUUGUGCUCUGGAGUGCAGUGAGUGCUAGUUGCGCUCUGCCCGGACUAUUCACGGCGGUUCAGCUUAUUGAGAAGUUGUCCGAUGGUACUUUCCGACGCUUUCUUCCAGGACAGCUUUGGUGCGAUGGAAGUCUCGCUCGCGAUCUUCCGCGGGAGAGUCUCGCUUCCUUGUUUAAUGUCAACUUUUUUAUUGUGAGUCAGGUCAACCCGCAUAUCAUACCCUUUCAGCGAAAGCCUGACUUGCCGCUUGUGUACAAGGAGCACCGUCCACGAAAAAUUCUGAGUUCACUGUGGUAUGGGUGCUGCCGAGAAAUUCACCGUUGGAUUUUGAAGUUGUUCAGCGUUGGACUCCUCUCUCGCACUGGCCGGUGGGAGCUACCGUACCUCUUCCUGACGCAGCGUUACGACGGCGACAUUCUCAUACUCCCGAUAGGAAACGUUCUGCACGCCGUGCCGGACUAUUUCAAUAUUGUGGAAAAUCCAACGGCUGAGUACAUUGCCUUUGUCACAAGCAGAGCACAGCUGCGGACAUGGCCGCAUCUCAAUAAGAUCCGUCACUCUACGAUGAUUGAGCGGGCCCUCAUACGCGAAAUUGGCUUGUUGAGGGAACGCAUUAGAGAUCGCAAUAACAAAUUUUCGUGA